GCACCCAUUGCAGGUGGAGGAGGAGGAGGAGGAGGAAGAGGAGGAGGGGAUUCCCCCCCGCGGUCUCCCGGAAAUGCGCCUUAAAUUCCGGGCGCAGUCGGCGACGUCGGGCUGGUCCCGCGGAAGGAAGACCCGUGGGCUUAGGCAUUGAAACAAUUUGCAGUUUACGGCGACCUCUAAUCCUUUGGUGUUAUAUGUUUUCUCUACGAACUGCAUUGAGUGUCAUUAUACGCACUCCGAGCUACUGCUGGCAAAAGAAGAUAGACCCUAUCAUCAAGAGAUUUGGCAAGAUGAGCACUGUGUUUGUAUAUGGCACACUCAAGAAAGGUCAACCCAACCAUCAUCACAUGAUGGACGAAACCAAGAGGAAAGGAGUAUACUGUGGCACAGGACGUACCAAUCAGAAGUAUCCGCUGGUGAUUGCAGGAAAAUAUAACAUUCCCUUUUUGCUCAACCUGCCAGGAACGGGACACGAAAUAGACGGAGAGAUUUACUUAGUCGAUGACCAGCUGCUACAGUUCCUUGAUGAGUUUGAAGGUUGUCCGGAAGUUUACCAGCGGAGACCUGUUGAGGUUCAUGUACUAGAGUGGGAAGAGAAAGCCAGCACACUGGGAGUGAAGCCCGACGUGGGUGGAAUGCUAACGUGCUUUCUGUAUAAUGCAACGACCUACGAACAGGACUGGUUAAAGCUUCCUUAUUAUAACAAUUAUGACCCCUUUCGGAACCAUGAUCAACCAAAAUACGUCCUACGUGAAGCUAGAUAACCAUCAACUUUCAUAGUUGAAGAGCAAGAAAUUAAAUUCAAAAUAUAUUCUCUUUCGAGACUUGAAUCAUUAAGCUUGAAUUCUUGAAUUGUAAUUCUAAAGCGAUUUAUGAAAGAUAUUUAAUUCUGAUUGUAUGCACUUUUAUUUUAAUGAAUUAGAAAUUAAAUUCUGUUCCAAUA